AUGCCAACAACCUGCAUGGAUAGGUGUCACGAUCUGCCCACUGAUGGUUUUAUUUGGGUGCAGAAUGUUGAGGCAUUCACCGAAAGGCGUGCCCUUUACGAGGCUAUAAAACAUGGUCUUGAGUUUAAGAAGGUGCAUAGGGUCAUCAGGUUCAAUCAGAAGGCAUGGCUGGCGGGGUACAUUGAUCACAACACGAGGUUGAGAACGACUGCCAGGAACGAUUUCGAGAAGGACUUUUAUAAACUGAUGAACCUUUCGGUGUUUGGCAAGACCAAGGAAAAUAUCAGAAAUCACCGCAACAUCCAACUGGUUACUAAUGAGGACAAGUACAUGAAGCUCGUAAUGAAGCCUAAUUUCAAGGGUGGUAGCAGGUUCAGUAAAAACCUACUAGGUGUAGAGAUGGGCAAGACCGAGGUGAAAAUGAAUAAGCCCAUAUACAUCGGCCAAGCCAUCCUGGAUAUGUCAAAUCUCAUCAUGUACGAGUUUCAUUACGAUUAUAUGCAGCCCAAAUACGGUAGCAAGCUCCAGCUCUGUUAUAUGGACACGGACUCCUUUGUGUACCACAUCCGAACGGAGGACUUCUACAGGGAUAUUGCGCAAGACGUUGAGAAACGCUUUGAUAGAAGUGCUUAUAAUGCAAAUGAUGGGAGACCUCUCUCCAUAGGCAAAAACAAGAAGGUGGUAGGCUUGAUGAAGGACGAAUUAGGUGGCAAAAUCAUGACACAGUUCAUCACCUUGAGGGCCAAGCUAUAUGCGUACAAGAACCUUACCAAAGAAGGCGGUGUUCGCAAAGCCAAGGGUGUAAAGAGGUGCGUCACGGAAAAAUCAUCACUUUCGACGAUUACAAGCAGUGUCUGA